AUGUCCGCUGCGGGGGCUGCGAUCCCGUGCGAUGAGGCAUGCCACACAGAAAGCAAUACUGUGCGUAUCGUCACGGUGGUUACCAUCUUUCACGCAUUGGCUUUUAUCAGUGUGAGUCUGAGAUUAUACGCGAGAAUAUGGCUCAUCAAAGCACCUGGAUGGGAUGAUUGGGUAAUGGUGUUGACAAUACUCUGUGCAUUGGGAGGUUGGAUCGUCUUCAUCAUUCAAUCCCAUUAUGGUCUGGGCAAACAUCAAGCUUCCAUACCAAAGCCCGAACUUGUCGAACUUCAGCAUGCCGGUCUUUUUCAGUCCAUCAUCUCUGCCGCUCUCGGGAUCAUGUUUCUCAAGAUAUCCAUCAGUUUGAAUCUGCUUCGACUUGGGGCUAAGAAGUGGUACAAAUGGGGUCUAUGGUUCAUCAUUGUUUUCACAUUCAUCCAGUCAGGCAGCGGGGUGUUCACCUUCACAUUUUACUGCCAGCCGACAGCUCGCUUCUGGGACAAAACCGUCGCCGGUACAUGUUGGCCGAUCAAAGUUUUUGUAGGAUUGGGAAUUAUGAACACAGCCCUCAAUAUCUUCACUGACGUUGUUCUGGCUACAUUGCCAAUUCCUUUGAUUUGGAACCUUCAAAUGAAACGAAAAGUGCGACUGUAUGUCAUCGGCAUUCUAAGUCUCGGAUACUUUGCCGUCGCCAUGGGCAUUGUCAAAGCAAUUUACCAAAUUGGCUUUGGCGCGAACCCGGACAAGACUUUCGAGCAGUCGAUUCAAUUUUGGGGCUUCCUUCAACUACAGCUGGGGAUCAUCGCUGCAUGUGCCCCAACAUUCAAACCCCUCGUUGGCCGAAUGCUCCGCCUAACCUCAUACGACGACUACACAAACGAAACACCUAAUAACGGUUCCAAGAAGCACCCGACACUGGCAACAAUUGGAGGAACCGGUGGAACAGGAAAUCGUCGUCAUACAAUGCGCAGUGGGGGAACGCACGCUGUGAGAGAUCAAUAUGAACUGGAUGAUAUGGCGUCAGCGGACAGCGAUCAAAGCUUGAGCAACGUCAAGGGUGCGACAACGACCACAGCGACGUUCUACAAGCAUGACAAUGGCGACGGAUCGGGAAGCGAGGAGAGAAUACUGCAUGGGGGCCGAAAGGAAAGCGCCAGGGGUAUUAUGAAGACCACGGAAGUCACCGUGAAAUAG